AUGUCGGCCGCUCAAACUAUUCCUCAGAUCGACACACCUAACGACAAGCCUCGCCAAGGGAAGCGCGGCUACCAAAAAUCCAGAGACGGCCUACUCAAUAUGAAACCCAUCGGUAGCGAGGUUGCUAUUGUGCAGCGAAACGCCGAAGAAUCGCCCCUCUUACGACUCCCUGCCGAAAUCCGCGCCAUGAUCUGGAAGCUCGCUAUUGGAAACCCUGUCAUCCGCCCAGCAUAG